CUCAGCUCACCAUGUCGAAAAUCGGAAUCAACGGAUUCGGCCGUAUCGGUCGUCUGGUUCUGCGUGCCGCCGUCGACAAGGGCGCCCAGGUCGUCGCCGUCAACGAUCCCUUCAUCGGCGUCGACUACAUGGUGUACCUGUUCAAGUACGAUACGACCCACGGUCGCUUCAAGGGAGAGGUCUCCGCCCAGGAUGGCUUCCUGGUCGUGAAUGGUCAGAAGACCCAGGUCUUCCAGGAACGUGACCCCAAGGCCAUCCCGUGGGGUAAGGCCGGAGCCGAAUACAUCGUCGAGUCGACGGGUGUGUUCACCACCAUCGACAAGGCCCCCACUGUGCACGCCACCACCGCCACCCAGAAGACCAUCUGGAAAGCUGUGCGUGAUGGCCGUGGUGCUGGGCAGAACAUCAUCCCAGCUUCUACCGGUGCUGCCAAGGCUGUCGGUAAGGUCAUUCCAGCUCUGAACGGAAAGCUGACAGGUUUGGCUUUCCGUGUCCCAACCCCCAACGUCUCCGUCGUCGAUUUGACCUGCCGUCUGUCCAAGCCCGCUAGCUACGACCAGAUCAAGCAGAAGGUCAAGGAAGCCGCUGAAGGUCCACUGAAGGGAAUCUUGGACUACACCGAAGAGGAGGUUGUCUCCACUGACUUCGUUGGUGACACCCACUCCUCCAUCUUUGACGCUAAGGCCGGAAUUCAGUUGAGCAACACUUUCGUCAAGCUUAUCUCCUGGUACGACAACGAAUUCGACUACUAAAACCGUGUCGUCGAUCUGAUCAAGUAUAUGCAGAUCAAGAACUAAAAUAUUUAAACCGUACUCCACCCAAACCAAUUCUCAGGGCUUGAUGCCACUGAUCUGCUAAACAUAAACGUUGCGUAUCAUACACACCGUACACACACAGUAAAACCCAACACCUCAAGUAAAGUACUAAGAAAUCCUCCUGUACAAACAUGUUUAGCUAGGGAGGAACCAUCAU